AUGCAUUUAAUUCCAAAACUUAUUAAAGAAUAGAAAACUUAAGAGGAUAUCUAUGAAAUUUAUGAUCACUUAAGUUAAUUACAUUAAUUUUAAGCUCCAUAUGAAGUAUUGAAAGAUGUAAUUGUUACAUUCAAAUAAUUAGCUUUGUAAAAGAAUUGGUUAUUCAUUUUUUGAAACUGGCCAAAUUAUUGAAAAAAAUAGUAAUAUGGCUUACUAUGUGAUUAAAGGGGUCCUUAAAACGACGAAAAAUUUAGAAAUUUAAGCAAAUAUGUGGUACGAAGGAGAAUGUGGAUUUGAAGCUUAAGUAACUCAAAUACUCAAACUUAGACAGAAACCCAUUGUUUCACAUUACCGUUGAGUAACUAUAAGAAAUUUUCAGUAUCUCACAACUUAAUGUAUCAAUAGAAAAAAAAAACAUUAAUAUUCAAUUUACCCAUUCUUGAAAAAUUAAACUAUAGAAUUCAUGAUUAACUUAUUAAAGGAUUUUAAGAGAUUAAGUUUGUAAACUAAGAUUUCAUAUAAAAAAUGGAUGAACCUAGUAGUUCUUUAUAUAUUCUAUAAAAUGGAAUUUUAGCUAUUAGCAAAAUUUAUGAAAAAAAUCUUUCUUAAUAUGAAAAAUUGGUAUUACCAAAGAAAUUUUGGUCUGAUGAAAUAUUAAUUGAAUAACUGAUAAAUAAUGGGAUCAUAGGUGAAGAGCUUUCUUAAUUUGAUAAAGCACUUUAUAAUGUAUAAGUUGUAUCAAAAACAGCUACAUUAUUGAUGAUCUCAAUUUAAUAAUUAAAGUCUAUUAGCUAAUAAAUAUUUUAAGCAAUUUUUAAAAUUUCAAAUGAAAAUAAUACUUUCAGGGAGGAAAUUUAUUAAAAAAAAUGUUUAGAAUUAGAAAAACUUUGGCAAAAUGUUGAUAAAAAUCAAAUAUUAAAUUAAGAUAUUAAGAAGACUAUUACAUUCAAAGUUCUUUAAAAAAAAUUCUAAUCAUAAGACUAACAAAGUUAAACUGUUGAUGAUAAUUUAUAAUAUAUAAUUGGGAAUUUAUCUUAUAAGAAAAUGCCAAAAUUCAUUUAAUAAUAUUUUCGACAAAAAAAUAAUAAAAUAAAAAAAAAGCAAGAUCUCUAGUCUAGAAAUUAAAACUCAAAUUCUUAACAAUAAAUAGAUCAAACUUAAAUUGAUUCAUAAAUUUUACUUGCAAAAGUUUAACAAAAAAUUUAAUAAUAAAAUCCAUCAAAAUUACUUAACUGCUAACGUUUAUUUCAAGUUAAAUAAUUUAAUAGAAAUAAAACACCAUCAAAAUCUGAACAUAUAAGACCAAAUACUUCUUAAAUAUUAUUUUAAUUCAAUAUAUCAAAUAAUCAAGAGAAAAAUAAAUUAAUGAAAGAAUAAAAAAAAAAUUAAAUGAUAAACAAGACUAUUAUAUCAAACUUAUAGAAUUCUAAGGCAAAUCUUAUAUAAUCAAUCAAAAUGCAAAGAAGUUCCUCAGUUUUUGAAUUGAAAGAAAAUACUUCCCAUAAAGUAUCUGUAACCUAAUCCAAAAGUAAUAUAAUUUUUAUAUGAUGUAGCUCCUAGAGAAAAUGUGUUUUAAAUUAAUUUUUAAUAAAAUUAAAUAGGAAAGAAAAUAAAAGUGAAUUAAUUAUUACUAAAUUCAUAAAUUUAAGAAAUAAAUUGA